UCUUAAAAAUUCAACAAAAUUAUCGUUUUGCUAAUAAACGUCCAAAUUGCUGCAUAAACUUCCUACUAAUCACCAUUCCAUCACAAAGUGUACUUUGCUUGGACAGUACUCCCAACUAUGUAUUUUUUAGAAUUCUUUUCUUGCAAAACUAAUAUCUCCUUUAUUCUCCUCCUUUUUAUAAACAGAAUUGCUUGACAACCUUUACUUUGCUCUCAAGACUCCUAUAAUUAGCAAUUCAUUCUUUUCCUAUCCACAUGAAACUCAAAAAAGUUUCAGAGUUCCAUUUCCAAAAAUGGCAAUCUCACCAACCAACAGCUUCACAGCUCCUCCUCCCAUCAUCAGUCGCUCCCGAGCUUUCAAGCUUACAUCAGAUUGCAAUUCAUCAGAGUCAUCCACACUCCUCUGCAAUUUUCUCAGACAGGAAGGCGUGCAAUCGAUAGAUGCGCGAGGCAACACUCUCCUCCAUUUUCUCGCCAUGUACGGCAAUUUAUCCGCCUUCCAGAUGCUUCUUGGGGAUGGUAUACUAACCAAUGAAGACCUUGCAAUAGGAAAUAAAAAAGGUGACACGGCGCUGCAUGAGGCUGCGAAGUUCGGUCAGAAAGAAAUUGUGGAGGUGCUGUUGGAGUAUGAGAGAGAUUUGGUUAUGGUGAGCAAUAAUUUAGAAGAGACUCCUCUAUUCACUGCGGCUUCGUGUGGAAAGAAGGAUGUUUUCGAUCUUCUCAUCAAAGAUGGAAGAAUUCACAGUGAUCAUUAUGUGAUGGCGAGAACUGAUGGUUCCACUGUUCUUCAUGCUGCUAUCAUGGGAGAAUAUUUUAGUCUUGCUAUGAGCAUCUUGGAAACAUUCCCUAAACUUGCUCACAAGUAUGAUAGCAAAGGAAGGACUCCCUUGGAUUUGCUGGCUACAAAACCCUUGUCCUUUAACAGUGGCUCUUCUUAUUCCCUGGUCAAUUUGGGCAGUAGGCCUUUCAUUCCCCUCCAGCUUAUUGCAAUUUUUGUAUACUUUUGUAUUCCAUCGAUGGUUUAUGGGUGGAAACAUGCUGGUGAUGAGGAAAAUCAACAUCAAAAUGGACAUAAUAUCUCCAACUUUGAGCAUUUUGCAACAAAAUUAAUCCCAGGGUUCAGAUUUAGAAGGAUUCUCAGAGUUUGUGCUUGGCUUAGAGAAAUUGAUGAUGCAAAGCAAAAACAUGAAUUUGCACUCGCACUGGCAAAAAAGCUGGUAAAUGAAGAGAAUGAUUGGAGUCAUUACUCAGAAGGCAAAUGCUUAGAUUCCACUUCAAAAAACUCAGACAAGAAGACAAAGUUAAAGAACCCAAUUGUUCACGCAAUGGAAAAUGGCAUCAUUGAGUUGGUUAAGGAGAUUUUAGAAAUAUUCCCAGAUGCUGCAUAUAGCUUUGACAAGAAUGGAAAGAACAUACUGCACAUAGCUGUUGAGCAGAAAGACAGAGUUCUAUAUGAUUACUUGAAGAAAAAUGUUGAUCACAAGAAUGGGAUGUUGUCGGAUGUUGAUAAUGAUGGGAACACUGUAUUGCAUCUGGCAACCAACGUGGGAACCAGUCCUAAAGUUGUUCUUGGAGACUUGAACCAGAUGACGUGGGAUGUAUGUUGGUUUAAGCGUGUUUGGUACGACUCUCCUCCACACUUUUUGUACCAUGAAAACUCUAAUGGAAUGACAGCAAAAGAACUAUUUGAAAUAAACCACAUAGAUCUACGAGACAAGGCCGAAAAAGCUUUCAAAGAUAUGAACAAUGGCCUCAUGCUUGUUACCGCUCUCAUUGGCACAGUCAAUUAUGCAGCACUCUUCACCCUUCCCGGAGGUUACGAUCAAGACAACCAAAGCAAAACCUAUGGCGAGCCCGUUCUCCUUAUCCGGGAGGAUACAGAGGAUGAUACUGUGGAGUUCUUGUGGUACAUAUCUAUUGCCCUAUUUUCUUCCCUAUUCGCCUUGGUCGCCAUGCUUUCAAUUCAGUUGUCACGAUUUCGUAGCAACGACUUCUACAUAGCCUUGCCAUUCAGAUAUAUUGUUGCUGUGAUGGCUCUUGCUUGCUCCACAAUCUUCACUAUCACAGCAUGUUUGCAAGCCUAUAUUCUUGAUCGCAUAUCUUUUAAUUCGGAUUCUUACAUGUGGUCUGCUGGUAUUUUGAUGGCCCUAGUUUACAUAGAUGCAUUAUACCUGACCUCUUAUUACAUGUUCUUUGUGAUUGGUUGUUCAUUCGCCUAUAAAGGUCAGGAAAUGUAGAAUUCGUUUGUUUAAUUGGUAUGUAUGUGCAAGAAUAUCAAAGAAUUACUAUUUUAUAUUUGUGACACAAUGACUUGUACUAAGAUUGUUUGAAUUUUUAUAUUGAUUGUAAUAAACAGAUGUAUGCAAGUUUCAAUAAUACUUGU